GGAGUCUCGCGAGUUUGGCAGCCGCCAAGAUGGCAGACUACUGGGACAUCCCGGAGGGCAGCGACUGCGCCCGAAAGACCUGGCUCACGACGCGCCUCGGGGCCAUUAUCGGUCUGGUGGGAUCUGCUUACCGCGUGACCCUCUUCCCGUCCGAGACGGCCCUGGGCGCUUUUCAGAGGGCGACCACCGGAACUGUCCUCAUGGCCACCUUGGGGGCCGUUUUCGGGGUCACCACUUGCCUCAGCGCCCAGCUCCGAGACAACCCGGAGGACCCCACAAACUACUUUAUCGGAGGCUGCGCCUCGGGCGCCAUCUGGGGAGCCAGAGCCCACAGCUUUGCCACCGGCACGGCCGCCUGCGUGGGCCUGGGCACGGCCGCCUUCCUGGCCAAAGUCGGCAAGAAGGAAGGCUGGCGCUGGCUGGGGCCUCCCGAACUCUGAACCCGGAGCUGUCCUCUCCGUCCUCCGUCCUCGGCGCACGAUCGCCACCCACCACGUCCCGGGGCAUGGACCGCGGGGCAGACAAGGACUUUAGCCGGAAAUCCCGGCACUGCGAGCCGGCCGGCCCAAGAGAAUCUUGUCCUGCAAAUAAAAGCGUUGACCGUUAGCGGUUCCUGCAAAA